AUUCAUUUCGUAGAGUUCGUGUCGUGUGUGUCCAAUAUUCUUGUACCAGUAGUCGCAAGAGAAUAAUGUAUUCAAAUAAAUAAAAAAAUUAUAAGAAAAAUGUGAAAAUUAAAUUUGAAGAAAAUAUCAAAACAAAGAAAUAUUUAUUAUAUUUCUAAUAUUAACGCGGAAUGUGUGCGAUUAACGCCAAAAAUCCAAAGCAAUGAAAUUAUAAGCAUCAGUUAAACGUUAAACAAAACGCACAUAAACAUUCAAAUGUCUACAUACACACACAAAUGAAUUGGUUGCAUUUAAGAAAAGAAAAGAAAAAAAAUAAAGUAAAUAUAAAUGCAGAAGGGCGUGCAAACGAUAAUAAUUAUUCCCAGUGUAAAAUAUAAAGUGCCAACACCCUUAAAUAUUCUAUUAUUAAAAUUAAUAUAAACAACGAAAUAUUAUUGUAAAUAAAAAAAAUAUAACGUUUAGUGUUUAAAGUUUUGUAAAGUGUAAAAAAAACAACAAAAAAGAGAAAAAAAAAUGGGCAAUUGCCUACGCACAGAGAAACCAGACAUCGACAAGACACAUGUGGAGCGGAAUCAACUUGACGAUCCCGCUGGUGUGGGUGUCACCGGCGUACAGCAACUGACAAUGCCUAUUGGCCAACCGCAGGAGCAAAUACGUCCUGUUCCACAGAUUCCAGAAAAUGAGACUUCCAAUGCAAAUGCAAAAAUAUUUGUCGCCUUAUACGACUACGACGCACGUACUGACGAGGACUUAAGUUUUCGUAAAGGAGAACACUUGGAAAUUUUAAAUGAUACACAG